CCUGAGCUCUGAUACUGAGGGAGGAGGGACAGUCCCUGAGCUCCGAUAUUAAUGGGUGGGGGGACAGUCCCUGAGCUCUGAUACUGAGGGAGGAGGGACAGUCCCUGAGCUCUGAUCCGGGUGGGGAGGGGGGGUGACCUGCUGCUGGGAUCACCCUGUGCCACCCCCUUCUCCACCCAUUCCCCCCCCAGCCCUCCCUCAUCCUCCAUCACGGGUACCUCCCUCCUUCCAUCCUGCUCCAUUUAAAUUCACAUCAACCCCCCUCCCCUCUCCUCUCCACCCCACAUUACAGUACACCCCCCCCCCCCCAACACCACCGGGCGCCUUUUAAAUUAUAUUUUUUUUAGUAUUUUUUUCUCCCUGUGAUCCCCCCCGGGGGGCGGCACCCCACCCCCCCGUUUCAUGCAUGAGCGGAGGACGCUUUGACUUCGACGAUGGCGGGGCGUACUGCGGAGGCUGGGAGGGCGGCAAGGCUCACGGCCACGGCAUCUGCACCGGACCCAAGGGCCAGGGCGAGUACGCGGGCUCCUGGAACUACGGCUUCGAGGUGGUCGGCGUCUACACCUGGCCCAGCGGCAACACCUACCAGGGUUACUGGUCCCAGGGCAAGAGGCACGGCCUGGGCUCGGAGACCAAGGGCCGCUGGGUCUACAAGGGCGAGUGGACCCACGGCUUCAAGGGCAGGUACGGGCUCCGGCAGAGCCAGGCCAGCGGCGCCAGGUAUGAGGGCACCUGGAAUAACGGCCUCCAGGACGGUUACGGCACCGAGAAAUACGCGGAUGGAGGUACAUACCAAGGCCAAUUUACUGGGGGAAUGCGACAUGGCUAUGGAGUGCGCCAAAGUGUUCCCUAUGGUAUGGCCACCAUGAUCCGCUCGCCAUUGAGGACCUCGCUCACCUCCCUUCGUAGUGAGCACAGUAAUGGAGCUGUGCUGCAACUCGAGCCACCAGCUGACUCUCUGACUUUGGCCACCCCCUCUGCUGCUGCCUCAGCCUCUUCCUCUGCCUCCACCAUCGGACCGAGCCGUGGAGGGUUCGCCCUGAGCCUCCAGAGUGCUGGUGAUGCUGAGCAAAAGCCUAAGAAGAAGGGUCUGUUCCGGCGGAGCUCACUGCUUGGCAAGCUGAGGAAGAGCGAGUCCAAGAGCUCCCUGUCCAGUCAGAGGAGCAAAAUCAGCUUUCUCAGGAGUGAUGCCGGACUCAGCUCAGCUGCCAGUGAUGCCAACUCGACUGUCAGCCUGGGCGAAGGUGGUGAUGACUUCCCACCUGUCGAAUCCGACAUUGAUGCCACCACGACUGAGAGCUACAUGGGCGAGUGGAAGAAUGACAAACGCUCGGGAUAUGGGGUCAGUGAGAGGUCAAGUGGCCUCAAGUAUGAGGGUGAGUGGCAUGACAACCUAAGGCAUGGCUAUGGCUGCACCACCUUCCCAGAUGGCAACAAGGAAGAGGGCAAGUACAAGAACAAUGUGCUGGUCAAGGGCAAGAAGAAGCACCUGAUACCACUGAGGACCAACAAGCUGAGAGAGAAGGUGGAAAGAAGCAUGGAGGGGGCGCAAAGGGCAGCAGCUAUUGCUCGGCAGAAAUCAGAGAUUGCCUUGUCCAGAUCUUCACAUGCAAAAACUAAGGCUGAAGCAGCGGACCAGGCUUCACAGGCUGCAGUUAAUGAAUCCAGUAUUGCAAGGGCAAUCGCCAAGGAGCUAUCUCCAACUUUUUACCAGCCAGGUCCUGAAUAUCAGAAAAGACGAUUGCUUCAAGAACUAAUAGAAAAUGGAGGUAACGUAGAAAAUACAGACCAGGAGCCUCCAUCAAUAGAAGAGCCUCCACCUACCCCUCCAGAGAGUCCUGGACUCCAUGAAAAAGCCGCAACUCCACUUGAAUCAUCCCCUGCUGGCACUCCUUCUCCAAGUCCUUUGGAGACACCACCAGAGGUUAGAAAAAUUAGAGGAUCAAAUCCUAAGAUGGAAAACUCCAGCCACUUGAGUCCCGGCUACUGGAAUGGUGAGCAAAAUAAAAGUAACCGGUCAACUAGUCAUCCUGCAACACCUUCUGGUUCACUGACCUUGCACGCUGAGAACAGGUCAUCUGCCAAUGACCGAAAUCCUCUCAGGACCUCCAGUCUCCAGAACAACAGAAGAACCCCAACUAAACUGGAGGAGCAACUACAAAACAACUAUGAUUUGGACAUAAAGCCUCUGGAAAGAAUUGAAAGCAAGCCGAGCACAAAUCAAAAGAUCAAAGCAAGAGAACCCAUCCCACCACAUCAGCUGCAAGAUGCUAAAUUCCAUGACAGCUACCACAGUUACGCUGUGCGGACACAAGUGGGACCUCCACCUUUAGAUUUAGUGGAUGAUGAAACGCCUGUAAAAUUAUUGCCAGUCAAGCAAGAAGCACACCCAGCAAAACCUUUAACACCAGAGCCAAAAGCAGAGAUCAAAGCAAAAAAGCCAGAACCAGAACCAAAGCCAGUGCCUCAAGUGCAAGAAACCGUACCACUUCCUAAACAGGAAAAACACUCACAACCCCGACCAGAAUCCAGACCUCAGUCCAAGCCUGAACCCAAGCCUGGGCUUAAAUCUGUGUCAAAACCAGUACCUAAACUCAUAACACAACCUGACACAGCAGGGAAAGAGGUAGCAGACGUGGCACCAUUUGAUCAGGGACCUAAUACCAUUAUGAUUGCCAUGGUCAUUCUGUUGAACAUUGGCCUAGCUGUCUUGUUUGUUCAUUUCCUAACAUAACUUGUUUGUAAGAAGCUCUUGUGGUACUUUUUCUGAUGAGAAUAAGGAAGACGACUUUUGGAAAGUUAAACAUCCUGCAAGACCUGACACAGAAAGACACUGCAGAGUCUGAUUUCACUGCCCCCCUUUUGAAGAAUUCCCUGAUCUGUUUUCUGUCACCAGUUUGUGCCCUACAAUUUUGGAAAUGAGAUACAUUGGAAGAUCUACAACUGACCUGAAUUUAUUUGUAGAAACUAACAACUGCCUUACCUUAUGUCUGUGUUUAUAUAAUACAGUACUAGCUGCCAAGGAUUGUGCUUGAAAGUUUGGAUUAUUCUAUUGUAUAAAGAGAGGAGAGGAGAGGAAAAGAUUCUUGAAAAGAAAAGGUUGACUUAGUUAAGGGAGAUCUUGCUCACAUAUUUUUGUAGGUUUGAUGACAUUUUUGGUUAAUCUAGGUACAAUGAAAAAGAUUAAUAUGAACAUGACUGUAUGUACUUAACUCUUAAGUCUAAAAGAUUUAGGGCUAUAUUUUCCUCUGUUCAUUAUUCACCGUGAAAAAUGUAAAGUGGUGUUCCCCAUUUUAUGUGCACUCUUUCCCCACUGAAAAUAACAGAGGACAUUACUUCCUUAGAGAUUGCCUUUGGAAGAAGAGAUUGUGGAUGCUUUGCACUGCAUUCAUAGGGCCUUUUAUAUGUCAUGAAGGGAAAUAUUGGUCUUAUCGCGAAUUUUUAACACAUUGUUCUCUUUCUCUCUGCAUUACAGUCCUAAUCAGAUGAGUAAGAGAAUUAUGAUUCAUGUUUGUUGCAUGUUUGUCAAUGAGCUAUUUUUCAUAAUAUUUUAAAAUUAAUUAUGCCAACUACCAUACUUAAGUCAGUAUUUAUUUUUGAGCAAUGCUGUCAUAAGCUAAAUGAAAAGGGAAUGCACAAAUCUGCUUUUAACAUCGUGACGCUUUCAGAAAUAAAUUUAUUAAAAAUACAAGGAAGACCAACACUACUUUGCAACAAAUUUAAUACUGCUUUACAUUUUGAAUGCCAUAUUACAUUUUAAAAAAACACGUAAUUGCAGUUAGUCACCAUAUAUUUUUGACGAAAAUCGUUGGCACAUUGAAGCUGUACAACUACAAGAUACAAAUCACAGGCCUUGUUUCUCUUUCAGAUUUUUUUUUAAAAUGCCUAACAGUAUUUCUGUCACUGCAUUCAAAGUACAUUCUUGAGCCUAGACCAGCCAUGUCACAAAGUACUUGCUACUUGAUUGCUUUCAGGGUAUUACGCUUUCCAUUUUUGUGCUGAAGUACAAAAUCUUUUGAGCUUUUUUUUCCUGCUUUUCUCUGCAUGUGUGCACUUUGUAGAAUGAUAGCAUAGGUGAUUUUAAAUUUUGUUUUACAUAUGACAAGGUAUUUAUGCUUUUGUGUGGAUAUACAUUCAGGACUGUUUUACCUUGUAAGAUUUAUAUGAAAAAAGAUAAAAGUACCUCAGAGAUGCAUGCUUCUGCAAAAUUUUGAUUGAAAUGCUUAUUUAGUAUUUUCAGGUCUUGUUACAAUGUGAAUAAUUACACCAGCCACACUGAACACUUCCAGAUAUUUAAUCAAUUUCUAUAAAUAUGUUUUGGUAAAUAUUACCUUGUUGGGUGUUACCACCAGAAGGAUUUUGUGGGAAAUGGUCCAGUAAAGAAAUGUGUAUUUAUAACCUGAAACACACGAUAUUUUAAAAAAUCCUCCAUAAUUUGAAUAUCCAAAACAUCAUAUCGUAUUCUGAGUUUUUUUUUACACUGCCUCGUGAUGAGACAAUGAAAGUGAAAUGAAUCAAAAUUAAUGUAAUUUGACAGUUAUUACAUUAAACAGUUUUGACAUUGUAAACUGAGGGAAGUUUAGUUCAGACACAUAUUAUCAGAAGCAUGAGGAUUAGUGCCUUAAAUUACAGCUGUUUCUUAAUACACAUAAAAUACUUCAAAUUGUAAUUUUUUAAAAAUCUCAUUGAUGUUUUGAGUUUCAAAACUCCAUAUUAGAUGAUGGGAAUCACCAUAGUCUGACUAAGGAUCCAUAGAUACAGGAAGUCACAUGAUUAACCUUAAGAACUUCCUGGAAAAUGCACUAACUUUUAAAGGUUAUAAACCAGAGUGAACCUAGCAUAUUCCAAAGCUCCAAAAUAAUAGUACUUCCUAUAAUAUUUAAUUUCUCAAUUUGAAAUAGUAGAACUGAUUUAAAUUUUGACAAUAUUGUUAAAAAUGUGUAGUUGCAGAUUAGUCACCCACUAUGAAAUUUUCCCAAUUAUCGUUGCUUUUGACUCCAGGUAAAGAGCACAACUGGCUACAAGCCUGUGACCACCUAUUUUCUACUAUCACUGAAAGGUGAGAUCACUUGGGUGUUUGUUUAAUUUGAUGAUUUUAAUCGUGCUGGGACUGAUUAUAACUAGCUGAGAUUGGCAUUUAUGACAAAGUAAUACCUUUAGAUGGAUUUGGGAAAUUUUCUUGUUUUCUGGCAGUAUUACACUGCAGUUUUAAAAGGGUCUUCUUGCCCAAUACCCAAGAACCUGCCAAUUUCAAAUGAUAGACCUCUUUAUUAUGCAAAUUAGAGUAUUAUGACCAAGUUAGGCCUUUGAUUUCAAUUUCAAGGGUGACAUGGUGGGAGAAUUCAUUGCAGCUCAAUCAUGUUUUUUUGCCUUUCAGCAGCUUAAACAGAGAUCUGUAAAUGGAUUCAUUCCAGAAGCUGCAAGGAAACUUUUUCCAAGUUAAAUUUGUGCAAAGCCCAUAGGUCCAGAAAGAAAUUACAAAUCAGCGAUGGUGUGAAUUUACCUCCCUCACUUUAUCUACAUCUCCCUGUAAGUUCCAGCAAAAUGUGCACUGAGUCUUCAGCUUCCCUUUGUUAUACAUCUAGAGCCAGAUUUUUGCAGCUGUGGGGACUGUAGGGACUUAAAAAUACCAGUGGGAUCCACAUAUGAAAGUCCUGCCAUGCCUCCCCAUUUCCAACCGAUGCCAUUACGGCAGUGUUCUCUUGGAGUCAGGAUUUGACUCAAGCAUGAGCAACAGUGCUAUGUUCAAACUGAUCCCAUUUUCAUGGCCACAAAGGCACUAUCCCACUGUGUGAGACUUACAAUCCUUAUAAAGUAUGUAGCAUUGUCAUGUUAAAUGGCCAACCUUUUACAAAUUGAAACUGCAGACUCAUGAAAUAUGAAGCAAAAACAGAAGUUGUUGGAAAUUCAGCAAAUCUGGCUGCAUCUGUGGGGAGAGAACAGAGUUGAUGUUUCAAGUCCAGUGAUGUUUCUAUUCUGAACCAGUUCGGAUGAAGGGCCGAAUGGUUAAGAAAAAAAACUGGUUUAAAAUCAAAGAACAGGAGCAAGCCUUUCAAACAAUCUGAAUGAUCCUGAAGAGUCACUGAACUUGAAACAUUAACUCUAUUUCUCUCUCCCCAGAUGUUGCCAGACCUGAGGGGUUUCUCUAGCACUUCCUAUUUUGUUGAGGCAAAAAAGAUGUCAGCCAGUGUUUGGGAGUUAAAGAAAAUCUGCUUGAGCAAUGUGAAUUGUUGUUUUUAGAGUAUUAUUAAUGAUAGGUGGUAAAAAGCAGCCAACCAUGAUCAUAAUUUGGGAGGGGGUUUAAGUUCAUAGUUUAAUUGACAGCUCAAUUCAAAUAGGUUAUUUAAGAUUCUGUCUUUGUGCAAUUAUGAAUAUAAGUACUUAAUUCUUUUGUAGAGAGGAUUAAGUACUUGAGAAGUUUCAAAUGUAUUGAUGGGAUUUGAAUGGACUUUUUACACACUGAAAUCUGCAAUAAAUUUUCUAGAACGUGUUUAAUUUGAACAUGAACUUCUGUGUUGGAUGCUCGAUGAGCUGGCGUGGAGGAUGUAAAGGCAAAGGCCAGCAGAUCAGGGGCAUGGGUUGGCAUUGGUGCUUUUAGAGACUAUGGGUGGUUCAUGAGGUGGCAUUGUGCCAUAAGAGCUCUUGAAAGUCGGUGAGUAGAGACUGAGGGAGUAUUAUGAGUGGGAGGAAGAUGCUGUGCAUGGCAAUGGGAAUUGGGUCAGAACUGUUAAGGUUAGAAGGCCUAAUGAAUUAAAAUAAACUGGGACAAAACUCCAGAGAAUAGAAACAAGCCUUUCAAAGAGUCUCUAUAGUGGCACUCCUAUAGCCCAUGUGGUCACUUCCAAUCUGCCCAACUCCACUCCAGGAUUUCCAUUACCCUAAUUUUUCCCACUCCCUGCUGUCCUGCCCCCCCCCCCCCCACACACACAUGCGUACAUACCCUGUCGAGGCAUAUGCUUUCAGGAUAUAGUGAGUUGAGCUGGAAAUUUCCCAAAUCGAAUUAUUGGUAUCAGGCAAAAUGCAUCUCAGGUUUCCCACAAGCAGGUGAGGAGAGGCCACUGUUCAGUCACUGUUCUUCACAAUGCAACUGGCUGGAGUGUUUAAAAAUUACUCCUUUAUUUCCUUGUAAGGAAGCAUUUUUGGAAUCGUACAUGAUGUACUUCAAUUUUGAAUGCCAUCAGUUUUUUUUUUAAAAAGCAAACAAUCUACUGGCCUUGAUUUCUGCAUUCCCAUUAAAAGUUACCCUGAUAAUUGUCACUGAAUGUCAAGUGCCUAGACAUCCUGCCAAUUGCUAUGAUCAGUAUAAGUAAUGCAGACAGCAGUUUUGCAAUUGAACAUUGAAGUUUCAGAAUAUGGAAUCUAAUUUUAACAUACUUUUCUUUACAUGUGUAAUUGAAUGGCACUUUUUCGGUCGAGGUGAUUGGAACAGGAACUUCUGAUAAGUAAAUAUUACCCUUUAAUCUAAGCAUUAUGCAGAAAUCAAGAAUAGAUUGGCUAAUAAAAAACAAAUAAAACAGGUUAAGAAUUAAACUGAUUCUAAAACAGCUUUGCUGAAUAUUUCAAAGAAGAUAUAUUUUUUAUUUUGUGGGAUCCACAAUGAAUUACAAUAAUGCAAUUGUGAUUGAACACACAAAAUAUUUUAACAAGCUGCAAAUCAUUAUUUCAGUUUGAUCUGGUAAAGAAAUAACAAUAAUGAAACAUUUUUGCUGUGGGGGUGUCUAACACAUACUGUCAUUAGCUAGGCCUGCCCUUGCGUGAAAAGUUUCCAAAAUACUUGUGCAUCAAGUGCUAAAUGUGUGAGCUGAUAAUGGGGCAGGGAGAGAAACAAAGAAACUGGGGCAUGAGUGAACAGGGCAAGAAACUACAUACUGGCUUUACCAGAUUGGAUUGAAGGAUUGGGAUCUAAACAUUACAAGAACUGAGAAGUGAGUGUAUGUUGAAAUCAAUGCCAAAUAAUUUCCGGGAAGAGAAAUAAUCAGAGUGGGAAAGAAGGUUCGGAUAAAAAGUGAGGAAGAAAAGAAUUUUACUUAUUACAAUUACUAAAAACUAUUAAAGCCUGAAGUGGUGAGUGUCAUUUCCAGAGAGGGUAAUUAGCAUUAAUACUUCCACUUUGUUAAAGGGAUACUUAAAUUGCAAAUGACAAGACAACUUCUGGUGGCAAGUUCAAUUCCUAACAACUGUGCAAACACCUGAACUUCACAUUGGUCAAUAUAUCAUCAGUAUGGAGAUUGACAGUGACAUGCCAUUUUGUGAAUCAUUGACAGAGCUGAAUAUCUUGGAUAUCAUUUAUUGGAUCACUGCAUUAAAUAGCCAGAGCAUUUUCAUCUGACAUUGCUGUGCCACGUAUGGAUGAAUAAUGGUGAAGGUUAUUCCCAUUUAAUUUGCCCAUAAGUUAUGGCCUGUUGAACAUUUUGUUAUAAUCUAGGUAGAGACCAGUAACUUAUUUACACAAAAAUGAAAUUCAAAAUCCCAUUAAUAUAUCCAAAGAAGAAAGGCAUUAAAUUGCACAAUUUUAAACUUUUUAAAAAAUUUAUAGAGGAGUGAAACAAAGCAAAUGCUAAAUACUGUUUUGACUAACUGUUUUGGUUAUCUCCAUUGCCAUAGGAGUUCCCCCUGUGUAGUGACUUAAUCCCAACCACCUUCAGCUACUUCAUCCAUGACCUUCCCUUCAUCAUUACAUCAGAAAUGGAGUAGUUCACUGAUUGCACAGCAUUAGCCACCAUUCACAACUCCCUGGUACUAAUGACUCUGUGUCCAAUUGUAGCAAGACUAGAGCAACUGUCAGACAUGAGCUGAUAGAUAGCAAGUAACUUUCUGAUCACACAAAUACCAGACAAUGACCAUCUUCAACCAAUGAGAAUCUUGUCAUUUACACUUUUCAUUCAAUUCAAUCUGACACUAUCGACAUCUGAGGGUUACCGUUGGUCAGAAUACAAACUGCACUUGCCAUAUAAAUUCAUGGCUAUAAGAGCAGGUUAAAGGCUGAAAGUUCUGAAGCAAAUAACUCCUCUCCUGAUUUUCCCAAAGCCUCUCCAAUUUUCUGCAAGGUACAGAUCAGGAGUAUGAUUGAAGACUCUGCACUUCCUUAGAAGAGUAGAUCUCAAAAACUAAAAAAGCUUGACACCAUAUAGGACAAAGCAGCGGCCUUGAUUGACAAUUGAUUCACAACCUUCAACAUUCAUACUCUCUGUCACUGAUGCUCAGUGACAGCGGUUUGUGCCAUCUACACAAGAUACACUGUACCAACUUAGUAAGCUUCCUUUGACAGCAUCUUCCAAAACUGUGACCUCUAGAAGGGUAAGGGUAGCAGAAGCAUGGCAAUACUAACACCCAGGGAAAGUUCCCCUCCAAAUCAUACACCUUCUCGAAUGUUAUUACAUUGUUUUUUUUUCACUCUCAUUAGGUCAAAAUACUUCUUAACAGCACUGUGAGUAUAAACAUCACAAGGACUACAGGGUCUGCAAGAAAGCAUCUCACCCCUGUCUUUCAGAGGGAAUAAGGGAUAAGUAAUAAAUGAUGGCAUAUCCAGCAAUGCCCAAAUCCUGUGAACUAAAAAAAACACAUAAUCAACAUGCGUUAUCAUGAAUUAACAGGCAAAUUGCUGUUGGAUUGUAAUCUGUAAAUUACACAUUAAGUGGUAAUUAUAAUUAAGGCCAAGAUUAGAGUGGUGCUGGAAAAGCACAGCAGGUCAGGAUGCUGCCUGACCUGCCGUGCUUUUCCAGCACCACUCUAAUCUUGACUGUAAUCUCCAGCAUCUGCAGUACCUACCUCUGACUAAUUAUAAUUAAGGUACAUCUAACAAAUUGGUUUAGCAGUCUUGCACACAGAUCAGAUCAAACAGAUGAAAAAAGUUGAAAACUCUUUCUUCCUUACAACGAAUUUCAUCUCCUUCUCGGACUUCUCACCCCAGCCAAAGGUAGCAGAUCUCCAACUCAAAGAAACAACAGAAAUAAAUAAUCUCUUUGCUUAUACUUAGCUUCUCAGCCUAACCUGUUUUAUUCAUGUUGCCUUUACUGAACACUGAACUCACCAAUGCAACUACUGAACUUGAUAACUUUGCAUUAUGUGAACCAGUUUCAUUCAGUUCAGUUUUGGUUUCAGUUUUUGUUUCCUUAAGAAUUGUGAAUUUUCUUGCCUUGUUCCCCAAAUGAGACCUAUCUUUAAAAAAAAAUGAUAGUUUGAAAUUGAGAUUCCAUCAAAACAGACAAGCCCAUGCUUUUUAUUUGGCAUUAUUUUAGGACCAGUGGUAAUCAGACCCAUGGUAACUGAUUAGAAAAUCUAGGCCAAAAUCUUUCUUUAAGAUGAGAUUUCAGUUUUGCUUAUAAAACAACAAAGACAUGCAUUCAAGAUAAACUUGUUCCAAUUAUGUUUAUACAACUGAUCAGACCUUUGCAAGAAAAUCUGACUUCUGUCAACCCUAUUGGAUUUUGAUACAAAGCAUGAAACUAAAGAGUAUUUUGUAUUUUGGUGUAAUAAGAUACUUUGGACUUUGAAUGUAAUAUAUAAGAUAAUCUUUGAUCCUGCUGUAGUAGAUCUGCUCCAAUGAUUUUUGUCACUUAAAAAUGCCUAGUACUGAGUGUAAAAUGAGAAUUUUAAGUGUAAAUUAGCUAAUUAAUUCAAUUAACUAAAUGGUUCCAUGUAAUUUCUUACUGCUUAUUGAUUAUCAAUAGACAAAUAAAUUAGUGAUACUGAGAAUAUCCAUGCAUAUUUUAUGCAGUUUUCAAACUCAAACAUCCAUUAACUUACUGUGUAGUAUUCUUCUCAGCAGAAUAUGCUGUAUUAAAUGUUACCUUAUUUAUUUAUGUUAGAAUACAUUCACCAUGUAGAAAUUUUAAUGCUUUCAUAUGACUGUAGACAAUUAAAUUUUGUUCUCUUUUUUUCUGUUACUGUUGCAAGAUAUGAAACAAAAAUAUUUUAGGUCUAUGUUCCACUUAUGCACGACCUUUUCAUGAAUGUUAUUCAUGUUUUAAAUCUUUUUCUGCCUUUGGACAGAAUUUAAUCACCUAUACAGAAACCUUGAAGUAUAGAAACAAGGAGAUAUUGCAGUUAAAUAGGAUGUAACAGUGUUAUAUGUGUUUAUUUUUCUUGGCAUAUAAAAAUCUGAGGAGCCAAAAACCAGUUUGUACUUUGCUACAGAAAACAGCAAUAUAUGUUUUGUAUUUUUAACUGGCUGAAAACAGCAGUGACAUAAAACACUCUGAAGUACAGCCUGUCGCCACUUUUGGAUACUGACAUGGAUUUAAACUUAAUAUAAACAAUGUUUAAUCUAUGUUUAUUUAUUAUAUUGCAUGUCUCGCUCAGGCUGCCUGAAUUUUAAGUUUCAUUAUUUCUGCAAAAGACUAAAAUAAUCAAUUAUAUAAGUAAGCUACUGUAAUUUCUGUGGUUACUUAAAUAAGUGUUAAUUUCUUGUAAAUAAUUUUAUUGGUAUGAAAUAUUCUUCUGAUUAGAGCAACAAUAAAGUCUUUAACAAAAUAACCAACAAGGUAGAAAUGAUUUGAUAUCUAAACCUGAGAAGUGACCUUAUCAGUUAAUAGGUUGAAUUCAAUAAAGUAAGCCUUAUUGGCAUUAGGUCUGGAAAACCGGAGUUUAGUUUUCUGUUGGCUUAAUGGAAACUUGAAGCAGCAUUAAGUUUACACGAUGUCAUUGACAUAGAGGCAGCCUGUUAUUAGUUCAGACUUAGGUCAGAUUUAAUUGGAUGUUAUUUGUUCAUCAUUACUACACUGGGGGCAAUAGAUGUUUUGAAAGAAAGUCAACAAACCAACGUAUGUAAAUUUUAGAAGGUCCACAUUGCAUCCUUCCGAACUUUUGAUGUGACAGAACAAUUUCAAAUUCCUUUAUUAAAUUUUAGUGCAUUGUACAUUUCAGGGUUAGAUAGAGUUAGCCUUGCCUGUGAUAUCGCAGGAUGUUGGUAUUGACUCAUGCAUAAUGAAAGGUCUGAGACUAAUCAAUGAGAAUGCUGCACAGAUAGAAAAAGGAUAAAUUAUGCCAAAACUGAAACUUUGUCUCAAAAUUUCCCCUACAAAUAGGUAAGGUUGCUGAAUAGCAUUGGGCUUUUAUAUUCAUGUUAACUUCAUACCCAAAUACUGUAUUAAUUUUGCUUAUAGUGUGUGUAUAUGUGUGCGUGAAACACAAAUUGAAGUCAGAGAGCUGAAUGAGUCUCAGUUCAAUUAUGUUGCAUCAGUAUGCCUUUCAAAUGAAAAAAAUACAUCUGAUUGAGGCUCCACAGACUAACAAGAUGGCAUGAGCACUAUAUAAACACUGUACAAAACUAAUCCUGCUGGUUUACUUUAUGAUGAUAUUAAUGUGUUUUCUUGUUCGAACGAACAUUUUCCCUUCACUGUUGCUUUUAAAUAAACAUACUUUUCAUUCGU